CGCAAGCAAGCAGCCAUUCAGUGUUUCGCUCAGUUUUUGGUCCGAUUAAGUGCUAUUUCGUUUGCGUGUUUAAAUUGACUUGUACCAAAUCGAUGAAGUGCUUUCCGUUAAAUUAUUGCGCACGUUGUGAAUCAAAAGAUUUCAUUACCUAGACGCUGGGAAAAGUCAACGCUUAGAGCACGUUUUAUCGCAUGCCGGAAGGACGUACAUGAUCACCUGAUCACCGUGGCUGGACUGUGUCCUGAGGAAAAUCGUUUUCAUAUUACAGUUAGAGGAUUACUGUAAAAAAGAGCCGUUCCAUGGCUGGAGUCAAGAUGCGCCACAUUUUUAAGACCACGUUAAGCAACAUAAUCUCGUUUCCAUGGUGUGGGUUUUGCACAGUCAAACAAAAGAAGAAAACCCAGAUUAAUCCACCUAGCAGUAAUGGAGCCAUUCUCCUGGAAGAAAACAAGCGCUUGGAAGGAAAGACUCCGAGCCAACCAUUCCGGGACAUCAAUGACGAAGAAGAAAGAGAUGCCACAAUAAAAUGCCGACAGGAAAUCCUAGAGAUUCUGGAGGAGGCGGCGAAGUUAAAAAAAAUAAGCAACGAAUCUCCCACGCGGACUCUGUCCGCAAAUGGCGCACCGGAUUCUGACGAAAAAUAUAUCCAGAACUGUAACGAGCUUAUUCAAAUAACGGAGACGGGUCCUCUUCUCAAAAAUUUAGAAAAGUUCCAAACUAAAGGAGUCAAAGCAAUAAUAAAUUCGUUAUUGGUUCUCGCGGUCGCCCUAGAACUGGGCAAACUGUUUAGUGAAAUUUUAAUUCGCUACGAAAAGGAAAUUUUCAAGAAGAAUCAGCUUGAACAGCUUGAACAUCUGGCUGAGCUGGAGAGAGUGCUUCACUCAGCAUUACGAUAUAAAGGCCAAUACGGAUUUGCUGGUAGUCUGAGUAGGGAGAUGUCAGAACGCGGUUGGAAGGCGACUAAACCAUUUCGGUGUUACGUUAAGCGCAAUGGACCAAUAAAAGAUAUUUUAGUUAAAAGAUAAAGAUUGUCGCUUCGGUUCCCUUUGUUCUUUGGGUACAGAACUGUCAAAUCGUAAUUACACGGAACCGCGAAACAACUCACUUGACGGUUCCUUUCACUCAAAUCCGACCUUGCGUGGAAGAAGCCAAAAAUAAGUAAAAUGCGAAAAAAUCCGGUGAGUACUUUGCCUUUACUCCCGUAUUGAAUUUUCACCCAUUAUGAAGUUUCACAAACUCAAAUUUAUUAUUAACAAAUAUAUUAUUUUAUAUUUUCACUCACUCGAGACUAUGGUGAAAACAACUCAAAUUUGGCUUCUUCCACGGAACAGCACACGUUGGGUCGAUGCAGCUCUCUUUGUUUAUAAUAACAUUCAUGAGAGGGAGUGAGAAAACUACCUAAUAUUGAGUUAAAAAUUUAAACUUCGUACUCAAAGUUGAGUUCUUUAAACUUUUUUUUUAGGUUCUUUAUUUUUUCUGUGUAUACUUCCUUUAAUGACAUUUAGCACCCAAUCCUCGCUAGCAAAAGAUGUUCCGAAAAGCGACGACAGCGACAAUCUAUAUCUUGUAACUUAAAGGUUCCCCCAAACACACGCGACGCGAUAGUCGCGACGCGAUUCUAUCGCUUGGCGACAGCGAUUCUGUCGCCGUUGGUAUGGAAGCGUAAAUCAAACAUUGCCUGCAGCGACCCAACGAUAGAAUCGCGGCGACUAGUUGUCGCCGUCGCGGCGAUUAAAUCGCUUAGGUCUGGGGGAGCCUUAAAGAGGCUUCCGGGCCUCUUGAAAGGAGGCUUCCGGGCCUCUUGAAAGGAGGCUUCCGGGCCUCUUAAAAGGAGGCUUCCGGGCCUCUUGAAAGAAGGCUUCCGGGCCUCAUGAAAGGAGGCUUCCGGGCCUCAUGAAAGGAGGCUUCCGGGCC